AUGGCCCGAAGAAACACCACCGACUCGCGAUGGGUCUGGACAGGACCCAAGAACACGGCCGACGAAGACCACAUCACAGAUCUGCCCAAGAGCGCAGGUCACGUCAUGACAACAAGCUGCCUCGCGAUCGAACUCGCCCUCUUCCUCAAGAAUCCCGAUGGAGGCCAGCGCAAAACCAUACUCCUUCGGAUAAAUAACUCAAGAUCCGAGCUGAUUGCAUACCUCGUCUCCAUCAUCAACCUCCAUCCCAGCCUCAGAUUACCUCAGAUUAUACCUCGGUGUCUUGGCUUUGGCCUCGAGGGGGGAACUAUGAAUGACAGUCAGCUAUAUCUCCGAUCUUCAACUCUCUUGGUCAAGAGAAUCCCACCAAGCAAACGGCAAAUGCCAGUUCGGUGCCGUUCAAAUGACGGCGGUCUGGCUGGCGAGCAUCAUCAAGAACUUCCACCUAAUGGGGAUGCUUGCUUCUUUCACCAGCGUAUUAUCUUUGACUCACAUACAGAUUGA